AUGGAUUAGGAAAUAAAGAAGCUUGAAUAACUUAAAUAAUAAGAAAUAUUAUUGAUGCAAUAGAUUUAUGAAAAGAAAGUAUAGUUAAUUUUUGAAUUAGAUUAAUUACUUGAAUACAAAAAUAUAAUUAUUAACAGAGGAAUCAAAAUAAAAAGAUAUUGAAUUACAAAAUCUCAAAAAUACUUCAUCAGAGAAUUAGUUUGAAUAAAAAGUCAUAAUUUAAGAGCCUCCUAAUUUAGAUUUGUAAAAAUAAAAAAUGAAUGAUGAAAGAGAUAAAGAAUUAUAAAAGAUAAAAGCUCAAUAUUAAACUGAUUUAUAAAAUAUUCAUUAACAAAUGAGAAAUAGGGAUUUGAUGAUAGAAUAAAUGAAAUAAGAGAUUAAAAUGUUUGAACAAUUCUCAUAAUAGAACCUUGACCAUUAAAAAGUAUAAUUCCUAUCCUAAAUCAUUGAUGUUACCAAUGAAUUGCUAGUUUAAUUAUGA